AGCCGUGGUUUGGUGCGAGCAGAGGCUAGCUCUCGAGGAGAUUCGCAGUUCGCAGGCAGGCGUUGUCGAUAUUGGCGAUCUUGGGUUGCUCUUCAUAGCUACCUCCUUGCCUCUCACCACAAGAGAAAUGCGCCUGGACAGAACAACGUAUCGUGGCGCUGUAACCGGUCAUCGAAUCCCCCCAAACGAGUAGAGUAGCAAGUUCAAGCGCUGUGGCCAUAAGCGCAUGCGGCGCAUACAGAAAAGCCACGCAGUGGCAGCAAGCUCUGUCCGUAUUAAGAGAGAUGGUUUCGAUACGUGCCAAUUUCAAUUUCUUCAGCUACAGCGCCGGGAUCAGUGCAUGCGAGAGGGGCAAGCAGUGGCAACAGGUUAUAUCUCUGCUGAGCGAGAUGCGGGAGGCGACAUUGGAACCCAACGUCUUUAGCUACAACAGCGGGAUCAGCGCUUGCGAGAAAGGCAAGCAGUGGCAGCGGGCUCUAGUGCUGCUCAGCGACAUGCAGGAGGUGCAGGUGGAGCCCAGUUUCAUCAGCUACACGGCCGGGAUCAGCGCGUGCGGGAAAGGUAAGCAGUGGCAGCACGCUCUAGUGCUGCUCAGCGAGAUGCAGGAGGUGCAGGUGGAGCCUAAUAUCAUCAGCUACAGCGCCGGGAUCAGCGCGUGCGAGAAAGGUAAGCAGUGGCAGACCGCUCUAGUGCUGCUCAGCGAGAUGCAGGAGGUGCAGGUGGAGUCUAAUAUCAUCAGCUACAGCGCCGGGAUCAGCGCAUGCGAGAAAGGCGAGCAGUGGCGACAUGGCUUGGUGUUGUUCUGCGAGAUGUUGGAAGCGACAGUGGAGCCCGACGUCAUGGCCUACAGCGCUGGGAUCAGCGCGUGUGAGAAGGGCGGGCAGUGGCAACGGGCGCUGGUGUUGCUCAGCCAGAUGUGUCAGGCGACAGUGGAGCCCAAUGUCUUCAGCUACAGCUCUGGGAUCAGCGCGUGCGAGAAAGGCAAGAAGUGGCAGCAGGCUUUGGCGCUGCUCAGCGAGAUGAGUGAGGCGGAAGUGAAGGCUAAUGUCUACAGCUACAGCGCUGGGAUCAGCGCGUGCGAGAAGGGUAGAAAAUGGCAAUACGCAUUGGCGUUGUUCAGCGAGAUGUGCCUGGCGAAAGUGGCGCCCACUGUCGUCAGCUACAACGCUGGGAUCAGCGCGCUCAGCAAAGGCAGCCAGUGGCAGCGUGCCUUGUCGCUGCUCAGCGAGAUGCGGGAGGCGAAUGUUGAGCCCUGCGCCAUUAGCUGCGGGUCUGGGAUCGGUGCGUGCGAGAAGGGCAAGCAGUGGGACCAGGCUCUGUGGCUGCUCUGCGAGGCGAAGCAAGGAAAGUUGAAGCUAAACGUUCUCAACUACAACACUGCAAUCACGACGUGUGGGAGAUGUGGGGAGUGGCGAGUGGCGCUGUCAGUGUUCAGAGAAGUGCAGGACGAUAAAGUGGAACCGGACCAGUACACUUUGAUGGGUGCCAUUGAAGCAUGUGGCCGCCAUGGGGAGUGGCAACAAGCGUUGCUGAUUGCCCUGGAAUUGUGGCAGUCCAAGCUGGAGCCAGACAUCGUCAGCCUCAGUGCAACUAUUAAGGCCCUUGUCAGCGGCCGUCACCGCCAACAAACAAACAACGGGAAGCUAACAUGCAACAUGUCUAGCGAAGCAAAGCCAAAACAAUGAGCUUCGGGACAUCAGCUCCGAAAUUCAAGUUCUAGCAGGCACAAUCGGGUUUAUCAUUUGUUCCCGAAGAGGGUAUGGGUUAUCGCGGCGGUCGGCAAGAUGCCAGGCCAGUUGGGUGGUUGCGAUAUCCAGCCAGCCGAACUGAUUUCGAUCCGAGAUAUCGGAUUGGUAUGUACAUCUCUGGUCGGAUUUGUUGUUGUUUUUCCUUCCAAUCUGCAACGUCAGGGCUACGAAUACUUUUCAGCUUUUCACAGCCCAGCCUGGUGCCCUUUUAUUGGUAUGUUACGGUUCCGUGGCAAUCGCAGUUGCAUGAUUUUGACUAUUAUUUUGGAGUUCAUAUCUCGAUUCAGCGCAGGGUCGGUCCUGAUUCAACUCCAUGGCACACUGGUGGGCCUAGCCCGACACACCAUUGGCCCAGUGACUCGGCGAUCGGCAUCAAUGCCCACUGAAUGAAUAGACUCGAGAGGAUGCAACCCACACUGUUGUGUAUCCUGGGUGUGCGCGAGAUGCGGACAUGCUGUAAACAGGGCUAUACAAAACGAGUUGGCAGAUGUGGUCAGGCAAGUUGACGGGUCUGGGCCGACAUUGCGCCAGGACCUUUUGCGACAUGCAGCAUGACGGCCCAAGCUGGUUCUGCGGCACGCAACGGGCUCCCACCGCGGGCAUCGGGCCGUUCUGCAUGACAGGCCAGGCAAUUUCAGGGGGCGGGGAUGAGCCUACUGAAGCGUGAAAAGUUCGACUAGACGUCAGAGUGACUUUUCGCUGGAGUGACCUUUGGUGCGGGC